GACUAAAGCAGUCGAUCACUGAUGAGAUGAUUAAGGUAAACCUGCAGAUGACAGAUAAGAUGAUUGAAUAAAUCAAUCAGUGGUCACGUGAAAUCUCAGGUCAUUCAAUCUGAGAAAUUAAUCUCUUUGCUCUGCAUUGCAGGAGUUGGGUUAUGGCACACGGGCAAAUCACAAAACUGUCAACUUCACAAAUGAGACCUCAGGACAGCUCGGCAUGGCUGAACUCUCUCAUCAUUCCACUGCAUCCGGAUGAAACCACUCAAAGUGUCCCACACAGGAUCUCCAGAGAGCAGGAUGAGCAGACCGUCACAUUACAGGAGCAACUCACAGAAAAGGAUCUCCACAUUUCCAGACUGCAAGACUCUCUGAACUCUGAAAGAGAAAAGUGUGCGAGACUGCAGCGUCGCUGUAACCAGCAGGGGACGGAGCUGAAGCGAAGGGAACAGCACAUCAAUCGCAUGAGAGAGAAACUCUCACAGAUCACAGACCGACAGAAACACCGCGGUGCCUCCAUGGAAAUAUUAAAUGUGUUGCCGAAGCGGCCAGGACGGGGAGCGCCGCCUUUCAAGACCGCAAAGGCUGAUGGGAGGACAGAAGAAGCACUCCGAUUGCUUUUGGACCGUCGGGAAGCCGAGCUCCGAGAAGCCAUGAGACUACGGCACGGCUUAACCACGCUACUGCACAUGCUCAGAAAUGAAAUGGCACAGACUCUUGAGGGGAACAACAUCACAGAAGCGGAGGAUGCGUCAGGUGAAAAUGUGCUUGUCCAAACGGAGCAGUGUCUCGGUGAUCAUGUGACAGGGGGUGUGGUCCAGGAGUGGACACAUGUGCAGAAACGACUAAGGAUAAUGAUGUCACAAAGUCCUGUUGCUGAAGGGACAGACCAGGAGAAACUUUUUGCUAAAGGAACGGACCAGGAGAAACUUCUUGCUCAUCUUGAGGAAGAGCUGGAGCAGAGCAGACAACUGAUCCGAGUACAGCAACAGUUACUACAGGACAGUGUAACUACACCCCUCCCGGCUGCACUAAUGGACUCCUAUUACCUGGAGGAGUGGGAGCGGCUGCAGGACAGAUGGGAGGAGCUUAAGAGACAGAGGCGGAGCUUUCAGCGAGAGAGGCAGGCCUUUACUGAAGCUGCUAUCCGACUGGGUCAUGAGAGAUGUGAGUUUGAGCAGCAGAAGGCUUCGUUCCUCAAGAUGGACAUCCUCAGUGUUUCUCCCGUAAAAAGAAAUUCCCAGUGGAACAGGAGAGAGAGCACAGCGCUCAGCGACCUGCGAGUCGUGGUCCAGGAUCAACUCUCUCUGUCUCCAUGUGCUCCAUGCACACCAUCAUCUGAGAGGUCAGAGGUCACAGCAUGGUCCCGUCUGAACAGAGUCAUGACCCCUAACACCCCUGAGCUUUACUCUGCUCUUAAACUGCCCUACUACAGGUCAGAUCGGAGCCCUCAGUCUGACAGCUGGGGGGAGGAGAACGAGAGAGACGGCACUCCGGAUAUACCCAAAAUGAACUGGCCUUUUUAAUCAACGGUUUUAUUAUUUUAGUAAUUUGCAGAAUAAAUUAUCGAAUAAUAAAAUAUGCAAACUACUUUG